AUGCAAGACGCCAAUGAAGAUCCAACUCGGGGCAAGGUUUUACCAAUCUUUAGUGUGGUCCCUGUUGGUACUGGCACCUGUACGGCAUCAUCUGGUGAACAGGGCAAUUGCAUACCGCAGAAAGAGUGUCUGCUACGCGCUGGCAUACCAGCUGGACCCUGCGCGGGCGGUUAUGGAUUGUGUUGUGUUUUUCUACAAACUUGCGGUGGUGUUAUACGUGAGAACUCCACCUAUUUUGUCAACCCUAACCAUCCAGAUGUCUACGAUGGCACUGGCAGCUGUCAAGUCACAGUGCAGAAAAUACAUCCAGACGUGUGUCAGUUAAGACUCGAUUUGGAUAUGCUUUCCAUUGCACCACCCGAAGCGCAGAACCAUGUCUGCAAUCAGGAUCAGCUACUCGUAUCCGGCAGCAGUCCGAUACCAAUAAUUUGUGGCACCUCGUCAGGUGAUCACAUGUACAUUGACGCCGGUUUGGGUCAAAGUAACGCUAUCGUACUUUCCGUUAUAACGAGCGGCACUUUUUCACGAAUCUGGCGCAUACGAGUUACACAAAUACGCUGCGGCAGUUUGAGUCGAGCCGAUCAUGGUUGUCUACAGUACUACACCGGCAUCAGUGGACGCGUACGCAGUUUCAAUUUCAACACUGUAACGGGAAGACAGCUCUCCAAUCAGGACUAUAGUGUUUGCAUACGCGCGGAGCGUAAUUUUUGUAGCAUACAGUACAAUGCUUGUCCGGAUACCGAGAACAACCGCUCGCGCUCCUUUACCAUCUCCGGCAACUCCAAUAAUCCCACCGGUUCAAUGGUUGGUGGGGGUACACAAGUAACCCAGAACACAUGUAUCAACGAUUGGCUGCUCAUCGGCUGCAUGCGUUCGGUGGAUCGCAUUCCGCCCUUGGCUGCUUGUGAGGAUCGGGUCUGCGGCGGCACAUUUAGCGCAGAAGUGGGUACCAUUCAACGCACCGUGCAAUCGAGCGUGCGUCCUUUCCGCCUGUACUUCCAUACGGAUGGGGUCGAAGCGCCUACAGAUGUUGACAACCGUGGCUUUUGUUUGGAUUUCGUGCAGCAGCCGUGCACGAAUGGUUUUUAAUUACUUUGGUUGACGUUAUUUUUUACUUAAAUAAG